AUGGACUACGAGGUUACCAGCUUCACCACACAGGCAAUAACAGACACCGAUAGCGACGGCCCCCCAAGCUCUCCAUUUGCUGCAGAUGUUACAAAUCUGAGCAAUAGCGAAAACAUCUCCCCGAGCAAAACGCCCCGACCUGCCGCGCAAAGCUCUGUCGAGCGCGAGCAAACCUCGCCAUUGAAGCCAUUGAAGAUACGCAGCUCGCCUGAGCCCAAGUCCGCAUCACCACAGAAGUCCUCAGAGCCAUCGCGAAGCCCACGGAAGCUGUCGUCGCCGGAGAAGAGGUUUCCCGUCAGGCCUUCUAUCUCGCCCGAGAAACGCCCAGUUGUUGUGGAGAGGAAAAUGAGCCUCGAGGAUGCUCUGCGCGACAACGAGGGUCUUACGAAAGCUAUUGAGAUAUUGGAGGAUGAGGACAGCGAACUUCACGAAGACUUUGAUGACGAGGCGAAUGAUACCCUGACCAGCAUUGGUCGCGCUGGUUCUGACGAGGCCCCCAAUAUGGACGACACAAUGGUCAGCACAUUCAGCACGUUCUCAGCUGUACCGGACAUGACCAUGUUUGCAAAGAUUGGACACAGUCCUACCAAACCUGCCGGAAUGACCCCUAGUCCACGACGGACUCAAAUGAGCACUCCAGCUACUUCUCGAAGAACAAUGAAUCAUUCUCCUUCUCCAACCCCUCGAGGCAACAAAUACGACCAGAACAAGGACGAUGGAAAUACCACUAACCUUAUCCUCGAUUUUACUGAACAGAUCUCCGGAUUUUCUGGUCGCUAUCUAUCUCCCGCAAAGCAAGCCAGACUUUCUCCUACGAAGAGCUCAACGACGCCAGAUUUAUUCGGCUCUAUCACUCCCUCCGUAAAUCGACAUAUGUCGAAUCUUCUGGACUUUGAUAUCCCUCCGGCUCCAACACCUCGGAGCCUGCCAACUAUCACUCCAAGAGAGCUUGAGAGUUUGAAAUCGAGCUUCUUAUCCGAGAUAAGUAGUCUGAAAGCUUCUCUGAGUGGAAAAGAAGCCGAGGUACAGUCACUCAAGACCGCGGUUGGCGAUGCAGAGAAGAGGGUUGGUGAAUGUAUGGAGCAGUUGCGAGAGGAGAGAGAUCUGAAGGAACAGCUCGCUGCAGAGAGGGAGGGUUGGGAAAAGAGGGGCAAAGAAAUGGAGUCGGUCCUUCGAAAUGUAAAGGAAGAGAUCUUACACGGUGAACGGGAGCGAGAUAAUCUCGAGGGAAGAUUGGAGGAGAGCGAGAGGAGAAGAGAGGCGGCGGAGAUGAUGGCCCAAGAGGCCGAAAGCAAGAUGGCCGCCAUGCGUUCCGGCAAGAUCUCGCCAACUCCAGAGGCUGUCGAGAACAAGCCAGGAGGAGAAUGUAGCUGUGGAGGCAGAACAGUUGAACUAGCGGUCGAGAAGGUCUCAAGAGAGCUGCAUUCCUUGUACAAAGACAAGCACGAAACCAAAGUGGCAGCCCUGAAGAAAAGCUACGAGCGCCGGUGGGAUAAGAAGGUCAAGGAGUUGGAAGAGCGGGUUGAAGAACUUACCAAAGAAAAUGAGGAAUUGAAGCUUGGGCGAGACACGACGAUGACCAAAGUUGAGCCCAAGAACCCCUUGGAAGUCACGGAAGAAUUAGAGAAGCAAGCUGCGAGAGAUGCCAGGACAAAAGAACUCGAGGCGGAGCUGGAGGGUCUUUCGGAGAUUGUAAAGAGCGUAAAGAGGGACAAUGACGAACUGCGCGAACUCCUCGACAGCGAAAGAGUUGAGAAAGGAAAGCUUGUGCAGGCAGUCGACGAGAUGAUCCCGCUGGUAGCUGCGUUCGAUGACAUGCUCGCCGAGAUGAACUCGGCUCCGGCAACCGCAACCCAGCCAAGUAAAGCCCCUGGACCGCAGAGCAGCCAACCCAACACAAUCGAGAACCUGCGAGGCAGCAUCUCCCGAGCUUCAGGUCUGCGUGCACCCACCAACAUCUCCAGCAUUGCUCCCGGAGAGAGCCGCAUCGGGAGGGGAGGAUUCGGUGCACCGGCGGGGAGUGCACACGAACGGAGCCGAAGUGGCAGCUCCCAGGGCACGAGGCCAGGAAGCGGAUUGGGAUAUCGUAGUGGGAUCAUGAGCUCUAUUGAGAAGAUGGGGAACCACCGGGGAAGAGGCGAGUAG